AUCAGAUCGAAGAAACAGAAGAAGAAAGAGAUGUGUUCAUCGCAAAAUUGGCAUCCAUUGCUGACGAAAAAAAAAACAGAUCUCUUGUUGGAAGAAAAACGAACAGAACUGCACAACAAAAUGUUAGCAGCAAAGCGACAAGAGCUUGAAGAAAGGAAGAAGCUGCAAACAGAGGGUGAGAGAUUGCAAAGACAAUUGCGAGAGCAAAAAGCAAAGCAGACAGCAACAAAAGAACAACUUGCCCUCUUGGCAGAAACUGUCCUCCAUACCAAGCAAGAGUUGGCAGCGAUGAACAAAACACUGCAGAAAGUUGAAACCCACCAAUACGAGUUUGAGGGAAUCUGGAACACCUUCCUACAAAAAUCUGCAACAGAUGUGGAUCAUUAUAUUAAGGCAUAUAUCGGGAAAUUAGAUGAUCACAUCAAUGAAACCUUUACUCCCGCUGUGAUUGAAAACAUUUGCGGCAGCGGAGGAGGAGGAGGAGAUGGAGACAGAGAUGGGGAUGAUGGAGACAGAAAGAAAAAGGGAGUGCAGCAAGAAGAAAUUGGGGAAGUGAGGAAGAUCAAAGUAAAGGUGUCGUGGACAUACACCGACAAGAAGGAGGAGAGUGUGUUGCAUUGGAUAGCUGCUAUAGAAUCCUACGUGUAUGGGCAGCGCAUUCCAUACUGGGACAGGGUCCUAAUGGCCACUUCAUGCAUGGCCGACGAUGCAACGAGUUUCGCCCCCGCGGGGGAGGGCGACAAGGAAGAGGUCGUGGCCGAGGAAGAGGAGGUCGCGGACGUGGAGGAAGAGGACCCGGCACCCAGAGGGGUGGUGGCGAAGGUAGCUACUACGUGGGUGGAAGGGGCUAUGGUCCCUCACAAGGUGGUCGAGGUUCCAACUCCACAUGGGGUAGAGGAAGAGGCACGUGGUAUGGAAAUUGGGAUAAGCCAUAUCCACCCCAUCCCGGUUUGCCAGAAGGCAAGUCUUGGGAAAAGUUGGGGAUUACAGAAAAGGUCUAGCAAGAUAGAAAAGUUGCUGACCAGUGUCUCAAAUGUGGUGACCCCAACCACAUUGUUCCCUACUGCCCGGAUUACAAGUGUUAUUGUAACCUAUUUAGAUGUAGGCACCGAUUUGCAAGAGAAGAUUAAGAAUGCGUAUCCCACUGAUCCUGUUUAUGGCGCUAUGUUGAAGCAUGUUCAGGAAGCGCCACAAGAGUUUCCUAACUAUCGUGUGACCCAAGGACUAUUGUUUGAAAGAACAGAUGUACAUGAUAGGCUUUACUCUGCAGAGCGUACUGAACUCCAUGAGGUUGAGCAGAGUGUGCACGAUCUUCAGGAUCGGCUAGGAGAUAGCCCUGAUCAAGCACAAAUGGUGCCUGCUCGAGGAAGAAGCACUUUGUCCAUUGGUGGUGGAGAUAAGUUGUCCUUAUCUCAUGAUGAGUUUCCAGCGACUGGAGCCUUUGCAGAAUUCCAUAGCAGCCAUCCUGCUGUCCAUGGAGUCAACGGCAAAGGUGAGAGCGCCACAGCAGUGUGGACCCACAAUGUGGAAGUCCUCAAUGCAGCCGCUCAGAGCCUUCUUGCUGCCCUUGAGUCUCAUGGUUCUCUUGUGGCUCAAUCAUGUGCCCUGCAUGAGCAGCGGGGUGUAGCGAUAGGCUUUGGAAACGCUCAAGUAGCAGGCAUGAUGUCCAAAGCCUUGUUUAACAAAGCAAAGGCAAGGCACAGACAAAAUAUAGUGCCCUAUCUCAAACACCCCUUUGACGGGGAGCAACCUGUGGCCAAUAACGCCUACCGGAUUGUGGAAUGUGCCUCAACAUACUAUAAACACUUGUUUACAUCAGAGACAUCUACGACGAACCAGCAGCAGCUGGAAGCAGCUAGAACGUCCCUAUUGGAGGCUUUGCCGGCUCUGCUAUCCUCACAGCAAAGAAACCUCUUGGAGUCCCCCCUCACCCCCGCAGACCUUCUCAAGGCUCUUCAUGAUAUGGAUGACAACAAGACUCCUGGUCUUCAUGCGUUCCCUAAAGAGUUUUGGUUGCAUUUCUGGGAUGUGUUCGCCACGGACUUCAUCGACUACGUGAAUGUGGUAUUUCACAAGGAAUCUUUCGGGGAUAUGAUGGGCCAAGGGGUGACUACGCUGCUUUACAAGAAGGGAGACUAGGAGGAGAUCCGCAAUUACUGCCCUAUCACCCUCCUGCCGGUUCCCUACAAAAUAGUGGCAAAAGCAUUGGCCAACAGG